GUCACGAGGCCUUCGAUAGGGCGACGCGAUCUAAUAAGACGCCUUCGCGGCCAUUCCAGAGAAAUAAAAACGGGGGACGAAGCGAAUCGGGCGAGGAGGAGGUAGAGAGCGAGCCGACCGAUUCCGACGAUGGUGAAGGUGGCGACGUAUUUCGCGAUGACCUUCGGGGCCUUCCUCUUCUGGCAGUCCAUGGACAAAGUUCACGUCUGGAUCGCCCUCCACCAAGACGAGAAGAAAGAGAGGCUGGAGAGAGAAAUGGCAAUCAAGCGGGUCAGAGAUGAACUACUGGCUGAAGCGAAACAAAGGGAUUCACUUGCAUAAUCUUUUCGUAUUGUGAACUAUGCAUAAUCUUUUCAUACUGGGAACUCGAGUCUCAAAUAUCUUUAUUUUCACUAUCAUUUUGUUGCAAUGCUGGAUUUCUGAGCUGGUUGCUAUCAAAUGCUUCAAGCUCAGGGUUGUGAUGUUGUUGCCUUCUUUCAGUUCUCAGAGUAUAAUACUUAAAAUAACAAUUUAAUAUUGCUAAUAACAUUUGCUUUGUUCA